UCCAAGGCUAAUUCGACUCUCUCCAAACACCCUGUCCCUAAUACCAUGGAUUGUCAGAACCCUAUCUGACUAAACCAGCCGGUUUCCACCUUUCCUUUGAAGGGUACAGAUUUAGUUUAAGCUAUCUGGUCUAUUGAUCCAAGGAAGGCCAUAAUUUGCCAGAAACCGUGUUUGUCAGAGAUUGACCGUGAAAUAAUAUCACUACCAGGGGUCGGGUGUGUGGGGCUGCUGAGUUAUGUCCCCCUAUCUGAUGUCACUUGGCGUAUUAUGCUGUGAAAGAUGAUCUACUUCUGAUAGCAAAGAAGACCUCUCGCACACAAGCCGACAUAACAGCCGAGUUUGUUGCAGGAAUUUCAGGAAACGCCAAGAAAUUUCCAAGAAUUUCUUAAGGUCAUGUGACGCUCCUAAAUCCCUUGAGCACAUAGGUCGCAGAGGCUUAAAGGGAGUGUCACCAUGUUUACCAAGAGUCCCAACAACAACACUUGGGUGGACCGAGGGAGCCCAAAGCAAGCUCUUCUCAAAAAGAAAGCAAGGAGCACAAUAUUGUCUGUUCUUUCAAAACGACAAACACAGGAAAGGAACUUCAUCGGCAAAAAUCAGACAGAACGCCAGAGUUGGUCUUCAGAUUCUACACUUUCGGAUCCCGACACACCAAAGCCUUCCCCGACGAAAGUUAACGAACGGUCUUCGCCAACAUACGAAAGGUCUCCGAGAACUCCCAACGAAGCCAUCCCAGUAAAACCUGGUUAUCAUUACUCGCGCCCUUCGGAGCUGUCUCAAAAGUCUCCCCGACAAUAUUCCGAAAGAUCGACAAGUCAGUCUAGCGGGACUCCCGAGUUCUCACGAAUUGGUCGAUCUCCAAUUGUGUCCCCAGUCAGUCGUGAGUUUUCUCCAAAGCCCACUAGAACUGUCUUUGAAUUCCAGCCCCAAAUCACUAGGCAACCCUCGUUUGAAGAAAGAAAGCCUUUGCAUUCCCCCUUUUCUCCGACUUCUAGCUUUUCUGAAGCCAGCCCAAACACGCCCCCUAAAACAGCUCCUAAACCAGCGAGAUCGUCACCGAAGCCGGCGGCCGAAUUUCGAAGCCCUCUAGAGUCGGGAUCUAACUUCGUAAUAAAGCCGGCACCUGGCGAGCCCCCUCCGAAGCCAGACAAGCCUUACUCGGUAGUCAUACAAAGCACCGCUCGGUAUCCACCGCCAAAGCCCCGAAGGUCAUCGGCCGAUGUCACGCCAUACACUGUCACGGUGAAUUCGGUCAGAGUAUUUGAGGCUACACCUAAAAUGGUGGAAGCUGAUCCAAAGCUUUAUUCUAAAUGGGAAAGAUACCCCAGUCGUGACCUUCCGGUGAUGUCUCCAAGCUUUAAGGAGCAAUUUGACUGGGAGAUAAGUCGAAAGGGUAAGUCCCAAGAGCCCUCUUCGCCAAGGGCGUUAGGAUUAACUGGUAUACCCGUGUCUGAUGGAGAUACGACGCCUAGAGGGAUACCCUUACCAGCUCGUAGAAUUAGCGUAAGCUCGGAUAACGAACCAGAGGAGCCACCCAAGCUCAUCUCCGACUCUGUUCAGGUGUCCAUCCCCUUCGGGAUACGGGAUGUACCAAAGUCUUCACGGGACGAGGGUUCCUGGGCUUCAAGAGUAUCCGUUUGCGUGCCAUUUCAAGUCUUUCAAGGCGAAGCCGUGAAGGUUUCACCCGAAGCUCAGGAAGCGCUAGACAAUGCUCAGUACUCGCAGCUCAAAGCCAUCGCUGAAUCUGAAGAUAGAGCAGCCCAUAAUCCCAUGCGUGUGUCAACGACGUUUCCAAGGAAUGUUCAGCAGAUAAUAUCACCUACAGAACAAUCUGUGAUUGAGACCGCGAAAGGUCAGUGGGGCCCCGUUAGGGAGCUUGCAAGAGGUCAGCGGUUCGCUGAAUUGAAUGCGCCCACGGUUCCAUCAGCGGGUGUGCAAGCGAUGAAUAUCCCAUCUGACGCCAUCGAUGGUCCUCAUCUGGUGUCGGUUGGAGGUCAACAGAUGGCGCAAGAGGUGCAUAUUCCCAUGAGAGUCAACGAGCAAAUGGUGCAAGGAAUGCCGGACGCGUCAAGGGACGUGCAAGAUGGCGCCGCUAUCGGCAAGCACGGCAAAUAUUCGGUGUCCGAACGGGCACGUAAAGGCUCAGAUGAAAGGCAUAAAAGCUCAGUAGGCCGCGUUUCCGAAAGGACAGACCAAGAAAAGAGAACUAAGGCAACACCAGACGGGGCGAGAGGAGAUAGACGUGGCGUGGGUGCCGCAGCGAGGCCCACCCACCACACCACUGCCGAAAGGCCACAAGUCAAGUCGAGAACAGUAAAAGCAGUCUCAACAAAAGAUGUUUUAGGAAAGCCGACUGGGGACGAACUCGCCAUGCUGAAGGCACGGAUCCGCCAGUUAGAAGGCGAGCGGGACUCGCUGCAGGAAAAACUGGACAUCAUGGAGAAGAGGAUAUCUUCUGGUGCAUCAGUGGAAAAGGAUAACAUCCGGCUACAAGUUCAACUAAACGAUGCGACAAAAGACCUUGAAAAGACGAGGAAGAAACUGGACGAGGCCAAUGAGGCUUCGAAAAAAGCAAUAUCAGAAAAGUCAGUACUUCAGUCAAGACAUAAUACACUUCUAGUGGAAAUGGAAAAACUUCAGAUAUCAGUGGAACGCACAGAGGAUGAAAAAACAGUACUACAAGGAGAAAAAAAUAACUUGAUCAAUAAGAAUAAACGUCUUCAAAAAGAGAUAGACGCGAGUCUUGAAGACGCCGAUCGACUAUCGGAGGAGAACACGAAUCUAGUUGCUGAGAAUAAAAGACUUCGGAAUAGACUUAAUGACUUGUUACAUGGUCUUCGGGACGUUAAACGCUCGGUUGUUAGAGUCAAGGAAGAGAACGGGUUGCUGCAUGACGAAAUUGUGAGUAAUGGUGCGGAAAUGAUGGCAAUCAUGAAGAAGUGUUUCGGGGGUCUAGAAAUGGUUCUGUCACAAAUGGACAAACAAGAAACUACAGGUAAUAAGCAUGGGGGAGGAAUUCCAUCUAAUGAUCGUCUGGAUAAUGAAAAUCAAAAGCUUCGCAAGGAACUUGCGGAUAGGGUGGAUCAAAAUGAGAUUUUACUUAAGCAAGUAAAGGAACUUGAGAAAGUUAGAGAUGAGCAGAUGGAUGACUUAGAAGAUCAAUACAAGGAAAUUGAGCAUUUGAAAGAAAUUAAUGAGGAAUUGAAUAAUAGAAAUGUUGAACUAUCAAAGGCUGACAAUGUCUCGUUUUCUCGAACGGAUGAGGAGGUGGAAGGGUGCCCUGGUUGUGCUAAACUGAGACUUGAGUUGAAUGCUCUCCAGGAAGAGUACGAAUCGCAGAAGAUAAAAAUUGAGGAGCUGGAGGUAAGGAUAGAAGAUUUAAAAGAAGAGAACGAUGAUUACCAGCAGGAGACGAAGUACCUCAAACAGGUUUUGUCAUACAGAGAAGACAUGAAGAGCGUACAGGUGUCCCAGAAAGCAACGCGCCAGCUACAGAAAUUGGAAUCCAACCUGGAGGACGCGGAGAAAAAAUGCAAAGACUUGGAAGACGAGGUGUCUAAGCUCUAUUCGCAAAAACAAACGCUGUUGAUGAAUAUUUUGAAGCAGCACGAAGAGGAGGUGGAAGGACAGGACAACGCUGGCGACGAGGAUGGAGAAGAGGAAGAUGACGAGAAUGAAGAAGAUGAAAAUGAAGAGGACGCGAGCGAGGAAGAGCAGCCGAAUGUCACUAGUUCCUUUUCCUUUCGCACGCCUAAGUCCAGAGGAGGUACUAUCUUUGGGAAGAGGUCGUACUCGAUGGAAUCAGAGUUCAGUUCGGGGGGCACUAGCUUCUACGAUAGCAGCAGUGAUGAAGAAAAUGAUGCCCCAAGUGAAUUGAAUAAUGCACCGCAAAAACUUAAAGAUUACGUGUAUGUUCUGCAAGACGAUCUGAAACACUUCAAGUCGAGUUUUAAAGAGACAAGGGCAGAGAAGAAGAGCAUGGAGAGACGGCUGGAAAAUUCCUCGGAGGAUUUCAAAGCCAUGUUGCAACGAAUGCAAAAGCUUGAUAAAGAAAACGUUCAAAUACGAGAUAAGAUGAGGAAAGAGAAAAAAACGUACAAGUCCCAGGUAAAGUCAUUCGAGCAGAGAAUCGAGGAGCUGAAAGAAAACUUGCAGGAAACGGAGGAAGAGAAACAGGCCCUUAUUCGCUGUAUGCAAAUGAACGGUGGUGGACCGGAGUUGGAAACACCAGUAAAGAAAGAGCCAGAAUCUCCGAUACCCAUGGAUGACAUGAGCCGGUUAAUCGCGAAAGCGCAGGAGUUCGCGAGGCAAGAACAAGCAUCCAGAGGUAAAGUAAGCGAUAAGUCUUCCUCAGAGGAGUCAGAGGAUAACGAUGUCGAGGAAGGUGAAGAGGAACCACCGAUGAAGGAAUCUGCAGGAGAGGAACAGGUAUCAGACAAGGGCAGCUCCUCUGGUAGCAGUAGCAGCAGCGAGGAUGAGGAAGACGGCCGCCCGCCUGUUAACAAUGAAAUGAAUCGUUCAUGGAUGCAGCCGGAGCCGAAAGCACCAGUUUCAGUUCUUAAAAAUCGGAUGGCACACAUACAGGAAACGCGAGCGUCACCAGAAGAUGAAUCGACCAAGGACGUCAUCAAGGAGGACGAGGAGGAGGAGGAAUCAGACGAUGACAUCAUCGUGAAGCCUCCUCCGCACGCACGCUUCCUGCAAAGGAAAGCCUCCAUCGCUAGCAUCAAUAUGGACAGGGUGUCCAGGGAAAAGCAGCACUUGGAAGAUGAAGUUGCUAGUUUGUCCAAGUACUUAAACAGGAGUAUCUCUAGAAGACGUCACUCGACUGUGGAGAUGCCCAAAACACCACCACUAGGGGCUAUGAAAACACUGCAAUCUCUUCUUCAAAAGUCGGAUGCGGAACUGAAGGAAUCCAACGCGAAAAUCGCGCGGCUUCAGGAGAUAAAUGCCGACUUCGAGGAGCGAUUCAAAGACAGUGAAACUUUACAGGAUGACCUCCGAAAAGCUGUGGUUAUAGCAAACAACUUUGCAAUGGAAGAACGGGAGAAAAAUAACGUGCUGGAGGAGGAGAAAGAGGAGCUGCUAAAGCAAUUGGAGGCUUUGAAAAAGGAAAACGCCCGCCUGAAGGGGAGGAAAUCAAAAGGGAAGAACUUCAAGUCGCGAAUAACAGGCGAUGAGGAUUUAGCUGAUAGCGAUAAUGGGGAUCAGGGAUUGGAAUUCUGCUCUUCAAGGCACUCUAGUAUCGCUAGUAUAACGAGCAAUGUCAGCAGAGGAUCCCUCGACUCUGGAGGGAGGCAAGACAGCAAUUCAAACCUCUGUAGCAGCACAGUCAAUGGGGAUUAACCCUUAUCACUACCAUAAGAAAUUCAUUCUCUUUCUAUUGCUAAUAGGAUGGAAGAAUUGAACAUAAAAUAAAUAUUACAUCAAAUUAUCAA